UAAUUUUCCCAUCUCUUAUCUAAUAUCCAAAAGAUUAUUAUAAACACAAAAUGUAACCGCAAUAGGAGAAUAAUAAAGCAUAAAAUUGACUAGAUAACGGAUCCGAUCAAUACCAAAACGGAAAAAAAACAACCAUGUCUCCACAGCAAUUAAAGUAAAAAAAGUGGAAGAUUGACUGGACAAAUAAAUUCAUUAAAUACCCAAACUAAAAACAAAUCCAUCAGAUUUUAUGACCACAAAGCAUAAUAUUUCCUCCCUGAACUUCUUAUAAAUACCCAUUUGAUCACCUUCUUAUUCUAUCAUCUAAAUUGCACAGUCAGAAUCAAUGGCUUUCAAAUCCUUCUUCAACCUUCUUGUUCUCUUUAUGCUUUGUUCAGGAGGAAGUGCUGAUGUAACCUUCUACAUUGAGAACAAUUGCCGAGAGACCCUAUGGCUUGGAUCUUACCCAGAUGAUGGUGACUUGAAUCCUCAAAACGGACCCGAUACGCUAGAGGUACUUUACAUGUCUGACCCAUGGGCUGGCACUAUAUGGGCAAGAACCCAGUGCUCCAAAAAUGCUACGGGUUAUUUCUCUUGUGAAACCGGAGAUUGCGGGACGGGUGAUACAUAUUGCCACGGUGCACCACCUACUUACCCCGUCACCCAGCUCAACUUUAACAUCAACAACAAUGUAGUCACAUAUGAAUCCAGCUUGAUCCACGGCCAUAAUGUCGCGGUUCGGAUACAGCCCGAUGGCGGGUCAUUGGUGGAUGGCGGAUCCGGGCCAUGCCCGGUUGUGGAUUGUGUUAAAGAUAUAAGCAAUGUUUGUCCAGCUCCUCUGGUGGCUUAUAACAAAAAAGGAGCAUAUGUCGGGUGUUAUAGCCCGUGUGAUAUAUUGAAGGAUCCGAAGUAUUGUGGACCUAAUGAAAUUUCAUCACGUUUUAAGGAAUUGUGUAGCUCAUCUCAUACUUAUAUUGGUGACACUCCUCCUCUUUAUAAAUGUAAGGGGGCUAAUAGUUACAAGAUAACCUUGUGCCCGGUGUUGUAACCACUUGAAGAGUACGUAGGAGGGGCAAUUGUCCCCCUUUAACUUUUUUAAAAAUAUAUUUUUCUAUUUAUUUAUAUAUAAUAAAUCAAUCUAAUUGAUUUUUUUUAUA